CAGCAGGCAGUAGUACCACAUCACUCCUCCAUAAAUAAAUACACACAUACAUACACAUAUAAUUUUGCUGUAUGUAUCUACAAGAUAUACAUACAUAUACCCAUCUCCUCCUCCUCUUCUCCACCACCACCACUUCCACCUCCUCUCUCUCUCUCUCCAUAGCCCAGUGAUUGAAGGCUUCGACAUUGACGUCUUUUACUUCAUCGAAGGUUUCUCGAUCCAUUCCAUUGUGUUUGACACUAUGGCAUCCAGUCUUGGCAAAUCGGGUAAAAUGAAAAGGAUGGAGUCGAAGAAGUCGCACUCGUGGUGGUGGGAUAGCCACAUUACUCCGAAGAACAACAAGUGGCUUCAAGAGAAUCUCGAAGAAAUGGACGAUCUCGUCAAAAGGAUGUUAAAACUGAUCGAAGAAGAUGCUGAUUCCUUUGCCAAGAAGGCGGAACUGUACUUCAAGAAGAGACCAGAGUUGGUCACUCUCGUCGAGGAGUUCUAUCGGAUGUAUCGAGCAUUGGCCGAGCGGUACGAUCUCGUGAGCGGCGAGUUGCGGAAAACCAUUCCCGCAGAUCUUCAGUCCCAAAGCUCGGGGGUAUCGGACGCGGCAUCUGAGCCACUUCCUACUACCCAAUCUCCCGAGCAAAGGCCACGUCGAAGUAAAUCAGGGCCUCGAGCUGCCGGGUUUGAUGUUUUCCUUGGAAAUGGCUCCGAGGCGAACAACAAAGAAGAAGAAGAAGAAGAAGACAAUGGAUCGGUUAUAGACUCGGAUUCAGACUCGGAAUCGGACGAUUCGUCGACUAACGACAGCUCGAAGAGCGACGGGAAUGAAAACGAGCUUCAAAGGAGGGUCGAGCAACUCGAGGCCGAACUGGAGGAAUGGAAACAGAAGGCUAAGAUUAACCAGGAUGAGACAUGCGAAAGCUGUAAGGAGUACAAAGGCGAAAACAUCGAGCUUUCAAACAAGAUAGCAUCGUACGAGGAGGAACUAGGAGUUGCGAAAGGGAAAAUCCAACGAUCCGAGGAAGAAAUUGCUCAUCUAUCAGCCGAGCUUCAAAAGUAUGCAAUGUCCGAAGUAUUUGUCACAAGGGCCGAAUAUGCAGAUUCGACGCAGAAAAGCCGAGCUGUCGAGGAAGAGCUUAGUGCCACAAAGGAGAAACUUCUUGCAUCGGAAACAAAAGUCGAAAGCUUAAGACAGGAACUUACGAACAUGGAGGAAAACCUUAAAUCUGCCGAGGCUGAGGUUUCCGUCUGGAAAGACAAGCUCGAAAGAGAGAUCGGAGAGGUUUCAAAGCUACACGACCGGGUAGAGAGCUACAAAACAAACCUAGCAGACCGGGAUCAAGAAAUAAGUAUGUUAAGAGAGGCAAUGUCGAACGCUAACAAAAGCUUGUCUGAAGAAAACGAGCAACUUAAGGAAGAAAUCGCUAGAAUGACGAAAGAACGGACUUACCUGGAGGAUAAUCUAAAGGAGUUUGAUAUACGAUGUCAAUCCGCUGUGGCUGCAAAAGUCGAGACAGAGGUCACGAGCAGAGAUAAAAUCGAGCAGUUAAAAACCGAAGUAAAGGAUAGAGAUAACCGCAUAGAAGAAGUAAAGCAAAUGCUCGAUGAAUUGACAGCUGCAAAAGGCGAACUAAACGUGACAAUUACAGUGCUUAGUGCAGAGAUCAAACAAAAGGACGAUAACAUUACCCAAAUGGGCAGCCAUUUGCAUCAGCUGCAUAUGCAGCAUGUCGAGCUAAUAGCAGCAGCUGAGAAGGCGCGAAAACACGCAGACGAGCUGCAGGGAAAAGUUAAAGAACUCGAAACAGAGGUGAAGAUCAAACAAGAAGUAAUCAAUGAAGUAGCAGAGAGAAAGCGAGAAGCAAUAAGGCAGCUUUGCUUCUCGCUAGAGCAUUACCGGAGCGGUUAUCAUGAGCUCCGGCGGGCCGUUGUCGCACACAAGCGCCCGGCUGUAAUCGCCGCCUAAAGUAAUUUUCUUACCUGUGCUGCAGAUCUUAUUAUAUAAUACUGUUUUCCGCUAUGUAGUAAUUUAGCAUCCGAACUAGAAAAUAAAAGGGCAUUUUAUUUA